AUGUCUCUGUCUAAUCACUACUGUGAGUUGCUCAAACAAUGCGGCGACACAAAGAAGGUCCAUUGCAACAUAAUCAAGGCCUUCCGAAAACCUGAAACCUUUAUGCUAAACAACUUAGUCAAUGCGUACGCUAAGCUUGGGAGCAUCACUUAUGCGUGCCGGGUGUUCGAACAAAUGCCUCAACGGAAUCUCUACUCUUGGAACACACUUCUCUCCUCCUAUUCAAAACUGGGUCGUCUUCCUCAAAUGAAACGCGUGUUUGAUGCAAUGCCAACCCGAGAUAUGAUCUCAUGGAAUUCCCUUAUUUCCGGCUAUGCUGGUCGUGGUUUCCUUGUUCAAUCGGUGAAGGCUUAUAAUAUGAUGUUGAGUGAUGGGUCAUAUAAUUUGAAUCGGAUUGCGUUAUCCUCUAUGCUGAUACUUGCAUCCAAUCAGAAUUGUGUUCAUUUGGGUAGGCAGAUUCAUGGGCAUGUGGUGAAAUUUGGUUUUCAGUCGUAUGUUUUUGUUGGGAGUCCUUUGGUGGAUAUGUACUCAAAAACGGGACUUAUAUUUUGUGCAAGACAGGUUUUUUAUGAGAUGCCUGAGAAGAAUGUGGUUAUGUAUAAUACACUGAUUGCAGGGCUUAUGCGAAGCGGUAGGAUUGAGGAUACGAGGCAGUUGUUUUAUGAAAUGAGAGUAAAGGAUUCUAUUACCUGGACAGCAAUGAUUGCGGGAUUUACUCAGAAUGGCUUUGACAUAGAAGCUAUUGAUUUAUUCAGAGAGAUGAGAUUAGAAAAUCUUGAGAUGGAUCAGUACACUUUUGGAAGCGUGUUAACUGCUUGUGGUGGUCUUACGGCUUUGCUAGAAGGCAAGCAAGUUCAUGCUUAUAUAAUUAAGACAGAUUACCAGGAUAAUAUAUUUGUUGGUAGCGCUCUUGUUGACAUGUAUUGUAAGUGUAAGAGUAUAAAAUCAGCAGAAUCAGUUUUUGGGAAGAUGACUUGCAAAAAUGUUGUAUCUUGGACUGCAAUGUUGGUGGGUUAUGGACAAAAUAGUUAUAGUGAAGAAGCUGUUAAAAUAUUUUGUGAUAUGCAAAAAUAUGGGAUUGAGCCAGAUGAUUUCACCCUUGGGAGUGUAAUUAGUUCAUGUGCAAACCUUGCUAGCCUAGAGGAGGGCGCUCAGUUUCAUGGCAGAGCUCUGGUUUCUGGCUUACUUUCUUUUAUCACUGUUUCCAAUGCUCUAGUUACAUUAUAUGGUAAAUGCGGAAGCAUUGAAGACUCUCAUAGACUUUUUAGUGAAAUGAUCUUCGUUGAUAAAGUCUCAUGGACUGCACUUGUUUCUGGGUAUGCGCAGUUUGGUAAAGCAAAUGAAACAAUAAGGUUGUUUGAAAGCAUGUUAACCCAAGGUUUCAAACCCGACAAGGUUACUUUUAUAGGGGUUCUUUCAGCUUGCAGUAGAGCAGGACUCGUAGAGAAAGGAAAUCAGAUAUUUGAGUCAAUGAUUAAGGAACAUAUGAUUGUACCCAUUCAGGAUCAUUACACGUGCAUGAUUGACCUCUUUGGUCGAGCAGGGAUGUUAGAAGAGGCUAGGAAUUUUAUAAAUAAGAUGCCUUUCAGACCUGACGCAAUUGGUUGGGCAUCCUUACUAAGUUCAUGUAGAUUCUAUAGAAACAUGGAAAUUGGCAAGUGGGCAGCUGAAUCUCUUCUAAAGUUAGAACCACAUAACACCGCUAGUUACAUCUUACUUUCAAGCAUCUAUGCUGCUAAAGGAAAAUGGGAAGAAGUUGCCAUAUUAAGAAAAGGGAUGAGGGACAAGGGUCUGAGAAAAGAACCAGGAUGUAGCUGGAUCAAAUAUAAGAACCAAGUGCACAUUUUUUCUGCUGAUGAUCGGUCAAACCCAUUUUCAGAUCAGAUAUAUUCUGAGCUUGAAAAAUUGAACUAUAAAAUGGUACGAGAAGGAUAUGUCCCUGAUGUGGGUUCUGUUUUGCAUGAUGUUGAGGAUUCAGAGAAAAUAAAGAUGCUUAAUCACCAUAGUGAAAAGCUUGCAAUUGCUUUUGGGUUGAUAUUUAUUCCUCCUGGUUUGCCAAUACGAGUAGUUAAAAAUUUAAGGGUUUGUGGAGAUUGCCACAAUGCAACUAAGUAUAUAUCUAAGAUCACUCAGAGGGAGAUUCUUGUUAGAGAUGCUGCCCGAUUCCACUUGUUUAAAGAUGGAACGUGUUCAUGUGGAGACUUUUGGUGA